UCCAACUCGAUGCCCUAAUCGUGCCCAGAUUCUCCUCCCCGGCCCCCGCCGCGAGGUUCCCCCAGCCAGGCCAGGCCAGGGUUCUUCCCCAUCUCAGCUAGCCAUGGAGCAUUCCAUGAUCCAGCACGUCGUGGAGUACCCCGAGGAGCACGAGGUGGGCGGCGGCAUGAAGGUGGAGGUGGCGUACGACGGGGUUCACGGCGCCGCGGUUCACCAGAGCGCGUUCCGGUACAAGCACAAGAAGAGGUCCAAGGUCUGGGAGGAGUACAAGCCCAUCUUCCUCAACGGGAAGGUCCAGUUCGCCGAGUGCCUCUACUGCCACAACCGCCUCAGCUGCAAGGACUCCAACGGGACCAGCCAUCUCUGGCGGCACCAGAAGAUCUGCCCUGGCAAGCCCGAGACGGCCGAGAGGCGGCAGCAGAAGGAUUCCUACUUCCCGUAUGUGUCGGUGAACGAACACAGUCCAGUUUCACCGAUUGAUCCGGUCAACGCGAUCAUUUCGGAGACGCUUGACGACAUAGGUUCAGUAAUUCCCAGCAGAUUCAAGUCCAAGGUGUGGAAGGAGUUUGUGCCCGUCUACGUCGAGGGGAAACUCCAGGCUGCGGAUUGCAUCCACUGCCAGAAACGUCUCAGCGCAAAUAAGUUUGGAGGGAGAAGCCAUCUGAGCCGGCACCUUCUAACCUGCCCAGGACGGCGUGGAAGUGCCCACAAUCAUCACAAGAUUCAGUUUCACCCUUCGAGUGCACCUACUUUGAAGUCCAGGGUGCAGGAUGAGCUCUCGCCUGCCUUGACGAAUGGGAAGGUUCAGAUUGCAGAAUACUCUAGCAAGCUCUUCAGGACUAGUAGCUCGGGUGAAACAGCUCCUAUAAUACGUCCUAUUCAAAUGGUGCCAGCACAUCAGUUCCCACCAGCAUCUGAUGGUACGAGCGUGAAGAAAGAAAAGACUUCAUUCGUGAACAUUCCAACUGACACGAGCACCAGGAAGUUUGAUAAAGGAACAGCUUAUCAGGAGCUAGCCAAGAUGAUAAUUUUACAUGGGUAUCCCUUUUCAGUUGUGGAGCAUGAAGAAAUGAGGAGAUUUAUAAAGAACCUCAACCCUAUGGUUGACGCAGUUUCUCAUGAUGUUAUGGAGGAACAUUGCACUGCUUUAUUUCAAAAGGAAAAGCUAAAUCUUAAGGAUAUAAUUACACUUUCACCCCGACGUGUGUCUCUGUCAGCAAGCAUCUGGACACCUGAUGGACCCGAGGCAACAGUAAAUUACCUCUGUUUGACAGCACAUUUUAUUGGUGCAGACUGGAAAGUUCACAGAGUAAUAAUCAAGUUUGGCAUGUUUUGGUCCUCACCUACUAAUUUGGAAAGAAUAAUACAUUGCAAGGAAGCUGCUGUCUCGGAAUCAGAGAGUGGAUCAUACAACGUCAUCUGGGAUGCAAUUAGAGACUGGAAUCUUGACCAUAAGAUUUUGAGCUUGACUUCUGUUGGUGAUGUUAGGAACAAUGCAAACACGGUUCAGCUAAAGGAAAUGCUCAUGGAGAAGAAGUGCCUUCCUAUCAGAGGCAUUCUAUAUAACGUUGCUUGUCUGGAUGACGUCUUAAAUAGUGUUGUUUCUCAAGGGCAAGCAGAUAUACUUCGCCUUGUUGGUGAUGCAGCAAUGGAUUUUUUUGUGGCACGUGCAUCCUCACCAUCAGCCCAACAACAGCUUCUGGAAGUCAUUUCACAGAUGAGUUUGAAGUGUCCACAAGAAGAUGCUAAGUGGUGGCACAGAUUUUAUUUUAGGCUUGAAGUACUUUUGCAGUUCAAGAAGUCAUUUCCUUCUGAAAAUGUGCUGAAUCCAGAAGAUAUGAGUGUUGCUGACUCUAUUUGCAAGGUUUUGAGGACAUUUUAUCGUGUCAUUGAAGUUAUCUCUUGCCCUAGCUCUGUCACAGCAAAUGUAUAUUUCAAUGAGGUUUGGAAAGUGAGGACAGUUCUGCAAGAAGAAGCAUCGAACGGUCUAGGAGAAAUCUCUAGACUGGUUAUGGAGAUGCAGGAAGUU